AAGGCGCCGGCGCUGUGUAGUUGCAGCUGGGCGGCCGCUGAGCCGCUGCUAGUACGAUCCGGGAGGGUGGCGGGGCCCAGCCGGGGCUCCUGACCCCUGGGUGCCUCCUCCCGACUGCCGCCAGAGGAAGCAACGCUACAAGCCAGGUACAGCCUCCUCUUCUAAGGACAGGUACCUAGUGACAAUAGCACUAGCAAAGGAGAGCCACGCCCCAAAUGGAAGCCCAAAGCCAAAGUCCCUCUGCAGACUCUGCAUAUGACUUCUGAGAAUCAAGAGAAAGUGAAAGCUCUUCUCCGAGACCUGCAAGAACAAGAUGCGGAUGCUGGAUCUGAAAGAGGCGUUUCUGGGGAGGAGGAAGAUGACGAGCCUGAUUGCUGUGAUGAUGAGCGCUACUGGCCAGCUGGACAAGAACCUGCCCUUGUUCCAGACUUUGAUCUUUUGGAAUGUGCUGGCCCAGCCCCAGGGGCGCCUCAUACUGCAGAAUUCACAGUCUCUCCAUUUGCAGUGCAGAAGCUUUCCAGGUAUGGUUUCAGCAUCGAACGCUGUCAGGCAGCCCUGAGGAUUUGUGAUGGAGAUGUGGGGGCAUCACUAGAGCAGCUACUCACCCAGUGUUUUUCAGAGACAUUCGGAGAGAGGAUGAAGAUCUCGGCGGCAGCUGACCGUAUAAGCUUGGAUGAGUGUAUGGAACAGCGACAGGAAGAGGCGUUUGCACUCAGGUCAAUCUGUGGAGAUAAAUUUGUAGAAAGAAUUCAGAACAGAGUCUGGACCGUUGGAUUAGAACUGGAAUAUUUGACAAGUAAAUUCUGUAAAUCCAAGCAAAAGGAAAGUACCAAAAAUGUGCAAGAGACUUCACUUGAAACCUGUAAAUUUUACCUCAAAGGAAAUUGUAAAUUUGGAUCCAAAUGCAAAUUCAAACAUGAAGUGCCCCCAAAUCAAAUGGUUGGAAGAGCAGAAAGAAUUGUAGAUGAUUCUCAUCUUAAUGAAGAUGCAUCGUUUUUAUAUGAACUUGAAAUUCGAUUUUCUAAAAACCACAAAUACCCCUACCAAGCUCCUCUUGUGGCAUUUUACUCCACCAAUGAGAAUCUACCUCUGGCUUGUCGUUUACAUAUUUCUGAGUUCCUUUAUGACAAGGCAUUGGCAUUUGCAGAAACUUCAGAACCUGUCGUAUAUUCUUUGAUAACCCUUUUAGAGGAAGAAUCAGAAAUUGUCAAGUUACUAACAAAUACUCAUCACAAGUAUAGUGUCCCUCCUGUGAACUCUCUGCCAGUGCCCUCUGGGACCAGAAUAAAUAAUCCUGCCUAUCAUAAACCAGUGAUCCCAAGUAAUUCUUUUGUUUCAAAUCAAAGUCCAGAAGUUGAAAAAGAAUCAGAACCCGAGGAAGAAGCAGAUGAAGAUGAAAGUCCUGCACCAGUUAUGGUGGAGAAGGAGAGCUAUGUAAACCUUAAGAAAAAGAUUUCCAAAAGAUAUGACUGGCAGGCAAAAUCAGUAUAUGCUGAAAAUGGUAAAAUCUGCAAGCAGUUCCAAAUAAAACAGGCAUCCAGACAGUUCCAGUCAAUUCUGCAAGAAAGACAAUCACUCCCUGCGUGGGAAGAAAGAGAAAACAUUCUUAAACUGUUGAGCAGGCACCAAGUGGUUGUCAUAAGUGGUAUGACUGGAUGUGGGAAAACCACACAGAUUCCCCAGUUUAUUCUGGAUGAUUCUCUGAAUGGGCCACCUGAGAAAGUGGCAAACAUCAUCUGUACCCAGCCCCGACGAAUCUCUGCCAUCUCUGUUGCUGAACGUGUUGCUAAAGAAAGAGCAGAGAGGGUGGGUCUGACGGUGGGAUACCAGAUUCGGUUAGAAAGUGUCAAGUCCUCAGCCACCAGGCUGCUCUACUGCACCACAGGAGUACUGCUAAGAAGACUUGAAGGAGAUACAGCUUUACAAGGAGUCACCCAUAUCAUUGUUGAUGAAGUUCACGAGAGGACAGAAGAAAGUGAUUUCCUGCUGCUAGUUUUGAAGGACAUUGUAUUGCAGAGGCCGACCCUUCAAGUUAUUCUAAUGAGCGCAACUUUAAACACUGAGCUCUUUUCAGAAUACUUUAAUUCCUGCCCAGUUAUUACUAUACCAGGGCGUACAUUUCCUGUUGAUCAGUUUUUUCUGGAAGAUGCAAUUGCUGUGACAAGGUAUGUGAUACAGGAUGGGAGCCCAUACAUGCGCUCCAUGAAACAGAUUUCAAAGGAAAAGCUUAAAGCAAGACGCAACAGAACUGCCUUUGAAGAAGUGGAGGAAGACCUGCGGCUCUCCCUUCACCUCCAGGAUCAGGAUUCUGUCAAAGAUGCAGUGCCAGAUCAGCAGUUAGAUUUUAAGCAGCUCCUGGCCCGCUAUAAAGGGGUUAGCAAAUCAGUCAUCAAAACUAUGUCCGUCAUGGAUUUUGACAAGGUUAAUCUUGAACUAAUAGAGGCCUUACUGGAGUGGAUUGUGGAUGGAAAGCACUCCUACCCUCCAGGUGCUAUACUUGUAUUUUUACCAGGACUAGCAGAAAUCAAAAUGCUUUAUGAACAGCUGCAGUCUAAUUCUCUUUUCAACAACAGACGAAGUAACCGAUGUGUUAUUCACCCACUUCAUUCGUCUUUAUCCAGUGAAGAACAGCAGGCUGUGUUUAUAAAACCUCCUUUAGGUGUAACUAAGAUUAUAAUUUCCACCAACAUUGCUGAGACCUCCAUAACCAUCGAUGAUGUUGUCUAUGUCAUUGAUUCUGGGAAAAUGAAAGAAAAAAGAUAUGAUGCCAGCAAAGGGAUGGAGAGUCUAGAGGAUACUUUCGUAUCUCAGGCCAAUGCUCUGCAGAGAAAGGGUCGAGCGGGCCGUGUUGCGUCUGGGGUCUGCUUCCAUUUGUUCACCAGCCAUCACUACAAUCACCAGCUCUUAAAACAGCAGUUACCAGAGAUACAAAGAGUGCCGCUGGAACAGCUGUGCCUAAGAAUUAAAAUCUUGGAGAUGUUUAGCACACACAAUCUCCAAUCUGUGUUUUCUCGGCUCAUUGAGCCUCCACACUCUGAUUCUCUCCGUGCCUCGAAAAUACGAUUACGAGACUUGGGAGCUUUGACUCCAGAUGAAAAGUUGACACCUCUCGGGUAUCACUUGGCCUCUCUGCCUGUGGACGUGAGAAUCGGCAAACUCAUGCUGUUUGGGUCUAUCUUCCGCUGUUUGGAUCCUGCUCUCACCAUCGCCGCCAGUUUGGCCUUUAAGUCUCCUUUUGUGUCUCCCUGGGAUAAAAAAGAGGAGGCUAACCAGAAGAAGCUGGAAUUUGCAUUCGCCAACAGUGAUUAUCUGGCCCUUCUGCGAGCAUAUGAGGGGUGGCGGCUAAGUACGAAAGAAGGACUGCGUGCCAGCCAUAGCUACUGCAGACAGAACUUCUUGUCAGGAAGAGUUCUCCAGGAAAUGGCCAGCCUCAAACGACAAUUCACUGAACUGUUAUCGGAUAUAGGGUUUGCAAAGGAGGGACUCCGAGCAAGGGAAAUUGAGAAAAGGGCCCAGGGAGGAGACGGUGUCCUAGAUGCCACAGGAGAAGAGGCAAACUCAAAUGCUGAGAACCCCAAGCUGAUAUCAGCAAUGCUGUGUGCUGCUCUGUAUCCGAAUGUAGUACAGGUGAAAGCCCCAGAAGGGAAAUUCCAGAAAACCAGUACCGGAGGUGUCCGAAUGCAACCCAGAUCAGCUGAGCUGAAAUUUGUCACCAAGAACGAUGGAUACGUACACAUUCACCCUUCAUCAGUGAACUACCAGGUCAGACACUUUGACAGCCCUUACCUGUUGUACCAUGAGAAGAUCAAAACCAGUCGAGUGUUCAUCCGAGACUGCAGUAUGGUGUCUGUGUACCCGCUGGUCCUGUUUGGAGGAGGCCAGGUGAAUGUGCAGCUCCAAAGGGGAGAGUUCGUGGUCUCCCUGGAUGACGGCUGGAUCCGUUUUGUAGCUGCUUCCCAUCAGGUGGCCGAAUUAGUAAAGGAACUUCGUUGCGAACUUGACCAGCUCCUCCAGGAUAAAAUUAAAAACCCGAGCAUAGACCUGUGCACGUGUCCUCGAGGGUCGCGGAUCAUCAGCACAAUCGUGAAGCUCGUCACCACGCAGUGAGAACGCCUGCCACUCCCCUGCGAAGUCACAGCAGCACCUCUACCUCGACUGAAGACCGGUGCUGGGCUGGCCUGGUGGAGGAGCCCAGGGCGUGCGGUGCCGCAUCACCUAAGGCACCACGUACCCCUCGGGCCGUUUCCAGCCACAGUGUUCCUGAGGAAGCCAUGGGCACUCCCAGCACAAUUUGGAGUGUUCACGGUAAAGCAGUCUACAAUCUAGCCUGCCUGCCUUUUUCCUUUGUGAGUGUUCCAGAGUGAAUGAAAUUCACCUUACAACACAAAAAUGGAUGUUUAAUACAAUCCUGUUUUAAUCUAUAUAAUCUUUGCUCCUAUUUUUUAUUGGGCAUGAAGAGAAAUAUUUGUUUCUUUUCCUGUGUUACAAAUGUUGAACUGAGAGAAGUUGGAACAGAGAAGGAAAAAGAAACCAAAACAAUCAUGUGAGCAAGAAAAAUAAAAAUUUCCUUUUAGGCUGUUGGCUACUGAAGCACACUUGAUCUGUGGGGUGAGGGACUAUUUUUACUCAUUAAAGAUCAGCUGAGAAACAA